CAUCUGCCUAAAACAAGAAGGAGAAGAAGAAGAAGAAGAAGAAGCCAUUUUCUUUUUCAUCCAGGGAGUCAAAUGUGAACAGUAUUAUCCUGUUGGAUUUUGUCCCCACCUUUGGCAAACCUGUUGAGGAGUCCUCUUUUACACAAUCAGGUCAGUCAACUUUGAUUUCACUUUUUCAGCAGGACUACACCACAUGCACUGAAUAUUAGUCGGUGGGGUCACAGCUUUUUCCCUUCAUGAAAACUGGCUUACUUAUCCUGUUUUGUCACGACGAGGUUUUAAAAAAUGGCCUGUUUCAUCACAAGUCUGUCAAUGAAAAUAACUACUGUUUGGUAUCAUUCAAACUUGGUUGUGAAAUGCAGUCUGACAGGAUUUUAAUAUUCUCUACGCCUUGUGUUGGUGUUGGUCCUCUACAUAAUCUCCAAUUUUGUGUAAAUUUGUAUGACUACUGUGAUCUUUUAAAGGUACAAUGUGUAGAAUUUAUUGGUGUUAUGGGAUAUCAUACUCGUUUCUCUACUGGUGGAGCCUUUAAUUAUAGUAGCAGUGGGUCCUCAGUCUAAAGGCAGCCAUGUGGCACCGCCAUGUUUUCUACAGUGGCUCAGAAUGGACAAACUAGCUGGAACCAAACAUGUUUUAUUCAUUCCUGGGUGGCUGUGCAGAGAGCAUAGAGAGAGGUUGGUAGUUGCACAAAAAUGAAUUGGUUAAAAUUUUUAGAUCAUAAAAACUUCAAAGACUUAUUGUGCAUCAUAGGAACAUGAACUUAGAGAAAAUUAGAGUAUCUAUUCUCAAAAUAUUUUGACUUAUGUAUGACUAUAUUGUUUGCAACAAUGUGACUUUAAUCAUCAACAUUAUAGCCUAACUGACUUACACAUUUUAUUUUUGUAAGAAAAUGAGCUAAAUAUUAGUUUCUUAUGUGGCCCUCAUAUGGUUGUACAUGAGAAACACUGGCUUAGAUCAGCAUGACUUCACUAAUGUCAGCUUGCGUUAACAGAACCAUGAAAGACUCAUGAAAGAUAUCUAAGAAUUGAGCUAUAAACUAAAGUUACUUAGUUACUUAGAUAAAAAACAAAAAACUUCACCACCUCAUCAAUUAAAACAAAUGAAUUAAAAACUCUUACUCAGCGCAGCUCUACAGUGUAAGUUGCCUGCUUCCCACUACAUAUUUAGCUGUUUCUAGGUAACGGGAGGAAAAUUAACUGUACGUUUGCCUAUUUAAAAACACUGCACAACCAUUUCUGGAACGAAUUACUAUAGUCGCCUUAAUUUUCUUCCACUUUUAACAAAUGUCUCAAUCUGUGGCUGCCACCCCAAAAAUCACAAUGGGUAUAGGGGGGAUUUAACUCAUGCAGUAAUGGGCUCUGUAUGACUCCAGAACAAUGAGGCGACAGAUAAACAGACAGAGGAAAAUAAGGAAAAAACACGUAAUGGUGGUUCUUAAUUUAAUGAGGCAAAUUAGACAUUUCAGUUGAAUCUAAUGUUAUUUUUGUGCUUCCAAAUAAGCACAUCUGCCUGCUGUUGCCUCCACUUGUCAAAACCUUCUAUAACUGCAGAGCCGCAUUGUAACAUUGCAGCAAAGUUAAUGACUAUGUUGAAAAUGUUUUGCGUGUGCUGCUUCUGCAAGAAUUACAAUUUGCAUAAUAUUCCCCCAUAAGGCAGGACUGUAAAGAUCUGCUGGGAUUUGUCUGUUUGUUUCAGUUAUCACUGUAAAUCUCUGUAAGCAGAGAGAAAACACCCUCGGUGUCAAGUGCAUUAGAUCUGAGUGCUGAAUCUGCACAUGAGAUUGUAUGGACUAAAGAGGUGGUUUGUGAAGUCUUUUCAGAUCUUAUCCGAAACCGAUCACACAAAAGCUCUCAUCUGGAUAUUCCAAACUUCAGGCCCAUAAAUGCAACUAAAUCAGCAUUUUUACAGUUUCUCAAUUUCCUGCAUCUGUCUGCAGAAAAGGAGGAUUAGGUCUAAACCCCAAACUAAAUCCAGUUUGAAAGUGAACACAAAAGAAGAGCUUCAGUGGACAGGAAAUCAUUUACAAUUUCUUGAAAAAAAAAAAGGUGACAAUUAAUGUGUAAUUUAAUGAAAGGUUAUAAAAUCUCAUCUUAAAUGUUUGUUUUAUACUCUAAGGGUCAGGCUGAUUUAACAUCACACUCUGAGAGACGGAUCUAAUUAUUCCACACCCAUAGGCUCUGACCUGUUGAUGAGUGGGUCAGCACCAAUAAAAUCAAAAGUGUGGAGAGGGCAAAGGUCAAACAGCCCCUUGGCAUAAUGUCAGGCAGGUCAGAACGGGUAUAUCUUUGAUAUAAAAUCUGAGUAAUGAAUAAUGUUAUGAUACCUUAUGAUAAGGCUUACAGUUAGUUCUAGACUCCAAUUAGAAGAAGUAGCCUUGAGGCAUCAUUUUUUAUUCAAUCCGUUUCAAGUUUAAUGUAAAUUUUUCUUUGGAAAUUGAUAUAGCUGCUCCAAAGUGUUUCCUCCUGUGUAGUUGCACCACUCUACAAAACAAGAUGUAAACUCUGGGUGUAUAUAUGCACCUGCUGGGUAACCAUAUUUGUCACAAACUACAUUUUUCUACAUGUUUUUCAGGAAAACGUGUAAUUUUUAAACUUACUAACUGAGAAAAAUUAAAAAAAAAAUAUAUAUAUAUAUAUAUAUAUAUAUAUAUGUAUAUUUUACCAAAGUUCUUGCUAAAAAUUUGCUGCUGGUACAUAAAAAACAAAGUUCUUUAUAAUUGUAAAUAGAUGUGUUUUUAAAUGCUUCUUGAAAAUGCUUUGUGACACCUGAUUUACAUAAACCACAACAUUCAAAUACAAUGUCAGAAUUAAGAAUUCCCCCAUUAAAGCAAAGUGCAUGAAUGCGGCUGUGGCUGGGGAUGAAAUCAGGUCCAAGUUUCCUCAUCCUACCAGUUUCUGACUGGCCACAGUGUGGUGACAGCAUCGCGGUGUGAGGAGAAUUAUCCUUUUUCAUUAUGUUAAUUGUAUUUUUCUGUUUGAAGAAGAAAGGAUGAAAUGAGUGUCUAAAAAACGCUCCCCCAAAGAAAAAGACCAGCAGUUGUUAAAUUGCAGUCUAUGCAUACUCAUAAUUUCACUGAACGUUGUUUGAAUGAAAACAUAAUUAUGCGUUUUGGAUUUGAGAUGUUAACUGGAAGGGUCAGAGAAAUUGUGUAGGGAGCAAUUUUGUAGGAGAAGAGAAAGUACUGUGCAUGUGCAGGCAUUUGGCUGUGCAGGCCAAACUAUGAAGACAGAACUACCCUUGGAUGCCUGCAUACUUGAUUGAUGUCCGAGGGGUUGUGCAUCAAGAGGCCAUGAUAGCUGAGGAUGAGAAGUGCUGGUGGGGGUGGGGGCAGAUCUAGCUUAUCACCUUUAUAUUUCAGUGGUCACUGUGAUGCAGUAGUCUCUGAUACCAUAGUUUUUGUCUCUAUGGAUACAGAAAUCAGCAUGAAAAUUAUGGUUUAUAUCAUGUGAAUGUGUGAUGAAUCUUGUGUAUGAGCAUAAUUCCUGCUGAAAUACAGUCCAAACAUGGGCAUUUAAUCAACUUCUUUAAAUCAAGUCAUACAUUUAUGAGAAAAAGUCUGAAUUUCAUAUCUUUGGCGAGUCUUUUUAUUGUUUUAAUCAUAUGUGUAGGGGGAGAUCACAACAGCAGCCAGCUGCUGCCUGGAAAUGACGUGGUAUAUCUUGUGAAGUCAUAUUUUUUUACGGGCUUCAUGAAUAACAUGACUACCAGGAUUCUGAAUAGACCUGCAAGAAAGUGAGUUUUAUUCUGAGGAAGGGCAGGUUAAUGGACAGCCUAUACACAGUUCUGAAACCACUGUGUGUCCUCAGCUGUUGAGCUGAACUUUAUGAGGUGACCCUUAUUUCCCCUCAGAGUGCAGGCGUUUUUUUUUUCUGGUAAUAUGACAAGUUUUCUCUCUUACAAGUCCAUUCUCAUAAAAUCAUGACUCAAUUCUAAUAUUACAGUUUCGCAUUUACUAUAUUACAACUGUUUUCUCUGAAUUUGUUUCUGUUUUUUUUUAAAUCCCCAGUGUGGCCCUAAUCCUCAUGAUGGCAAAACAAACAGUAGCUUAGUUUGAAACUGCUGUAUCCUCGGGUAGACUGCAGCUUUUAUGGUCAAAUAAUCAUAUAUAAACUUGGUAUAACGUGGAGCGAGAGCACAUUGUGUUCAGCCGACAAAUGGCUUUUUCUUUUCUGUUAAAAGUUCUUAUAAAGACCUAGAUUAGUUGUGUGCUACGUGAAGGAAUGUAAGAAAACACAUGAAGAAGCAUUAAAACCUUGACCUUUACAUAAAGGUCUUUUGCACCUCUGUUUGAUUACAAGAGGGACAGAACUGUCACAUGGAAAGAUGAAUGUACGCUUCUAUCUGAACAACUGUGCUUUGUAAGGUGUUUCUCAUCUGUGAAUUGUGGUGUGUCCAGAGAUUGAAUUCAGCAUGAGAGAAAAGCUGAGGGCCACUUUAUAAAGCAUGACAGUAUUAUUGAAAAUUGCCAAACUAAGAUGUGCGUGUUGUUCUACCCCGUCUAAAAGAUUUGUGAAUUUCAGGUGGGAGAGUUAUCGAGGAUUAAAAGCCUUAUUUGAAUCUGAGACUGGCAUUAAAACAGCUUAUGCCUCUCUACACAAACUAAAUGAGUAAGCUCAAUCCCAGUAUUGAAUGUAAUUAAUCACCUGGUGUAAGCUGGGGAAGGUUAUUAUGCAACGCAGGCUACUUCUCAUGAAAAUGGUCCUUGAGGUGCCCUUUAUCGAUUUUCAGGUAGGUCCGAAUCAUUCGUCCAUAAACACUGAGCUUUAUCAUAAUAACUCAAUCUGGUUGGUCCUAUCAGGAGUCGACCAGCCACUGCAGGGAGGAUUUUUAAUCUAAUUAAAAUCCAUUUGUGGUUGUCAGACAGAUCCAUUAGCCAACAGAUUUAAAAGGAUAUAGUAUUGUUGUUAAAGCACAAACAGUAACAGAUAUUUCAGGGGAAUUAGCGCUAAAUGGCUCAACAAGCGGCACUUGGCUAAACCACAAAUCUCACAGUGAGCUCCCGAUGAAUAAAACAUGUGGAUCACAUCAAAGAAACAUUGAGGUUUAGUGUCUGGAAGAAGUCUCUGUCUUGCCUUGUUAUGCAGAUAAAGAUAUCAGAUCUCGGUCUCUUUAACUAUGCAGUUACAUUUCUUUGCCGUUUGAAUGAUUCAUAGCGGUCCGCCGGGGAUUUAUAUCCAUGUGAGUUUGUAUCCAGAACUAACAGGACUUCUAUUUAUAUUACAGGAUAUUACUUUACUUUUCAUUUUGAAAGCAAUUUGAGACUUAUUAUCUGUUUUCCAAAGUUUGAUACACCUCUUCUUUACAGAAGUGUUAGUAUGAAAGAAGAGACUGGACUGUUUUAUCUCAGUUUUGAACAAAUUUUGAAAUCUGGUGACAUACACAUAGGCUGUGCAUAAAAAGUUCUAAAUCUGUGGGCCUAUCAGGUCCAGGUCUAGAACAAAAUGACUUGUGGUGCAUCUGGGGAAAAAAGGAGUAGCAGCCACAGGGACUGGGAACAGCAGUGUAAAGUCUGUAGGCGUUAAUGGACCCUGCACAUGUUCCCCUUGAAGAACCAGUGGCCUGUAGAACCGGGUUUGAGGCUGAUUCUGGAGAUCUGUGAAGUAUUCUGAUUUCUUAUCUGUAUUCCAAUUUUACCUGUGUUUUAGCCAGUGUAGGUACCAGCUGUGUUCAGGCUGCCAGAUCGGCUCGGGGCCAGUUGCCCAUUGAUGACGUCAGACUAUAUGAUUGGCUGGAAGUUGGUUCGGAUGACGUAGAAGAUUGUGGUUGGUCCGGACAUUAUGGAAACAGUUUUCGCCAGAGUAGGUUUCAUGGGAUUGUCGUUGUUUGGAGAAAACAUGGACGAAUUUUACAAAGCAAUUUAUCGCUACUUAUCAAAGGGGACCUACAACAGCUGGACUACCGCCUUUUUAGGUUGCCAAAGGAAAUGUGGAAUAAAAGCAAAACAAUCUAUUGACAAACAGAGAUCCUGCGUUUUUUUUUCUUUUACCUUUAGAAAAGUUAACAUGUACAAUUAAAGCCAUCUAAAAAUCACAGUACAGUAAAUUACAGUACGGUCAAUUAAAUGAAAAAACGAAAAUGAAGAAUCGCAAGGGGCUUUCAACCAAACACAUUUGACUUAUUAAAUGGAGCACAAUGUAGUUUGUCCAAGUGGACUUGCCGUAGUGUGAUGUCUUCAACAGGCGCUGGGCCCCGAGCCGAUCUGGCAGCCUGAACACAUCUGGUACCUACACUGGCUUUAUCAGGUACCAAGAGAAGAGGAAAAAAACGUCUUUAGGGAGCAAAAGAGGUGAGACACAUUGCCUCAAUUCAUUAUCGGAUUCUAAUGACGGCCAAUUGACCACAUUAGCUUGAGUCAAUCAAUCCCCUUAAACUAAUGCAUGUAAAAAAAACUGCUUUUCCAGGAGUGUUCACUGGAGGGUGACGGCCAAAACCCUAAGCAUAUUGAUCCAAUAUGGAAACACCAAUAUUUACAGUAGAAUUAAACAUGUUAAGAGCUAUCAUUAGCCAAAUGUGGUGAUAGUAAAAGUUUUAUCACACAAAAGCAAAAUUAAUAAUAUGUCACUCAUAGUUUCUGUUAUUCACGCACAUGUUUUGUCCUUUUUUACAUUCAGUUCAUCCAAAGAAGUGAGUCCAGCUUGUUUUUGGCUCACUGUGUCGGUCAGAACAGCUGAGGGACUAAGAGUCAAGUUUUUAUGCACUGCUUUCAAUUCAUAAUUAAUGAACAUUUUGGACACUGAAAAAUGAAACAGAUAUCGCAGCACAGAACAAAAUUUGACACAUUUACUUAAUCUGCUGAAAGUGAGUCCUCACAGUGUGUGGCCUGUGAUAAAAAAUAUGCACUGGCCUUUCCAAAUCAGAUUUUCGUCAAGUAGAAAAUCUCAUUUUUCUCGACUGUCUCGUGUCAUUACUGCAGAUGAUCCCACAAAUUGUCCUCUACAAUUAGAUAACUGACUAUUUAACAUCCCAGGCAGCAAUCAUGCUUGGUAUGCAUGGGGUUGCACACAUGUUAGGAAGGGUUUUAGAAUUUGGAUCCAGUCAAACAAGAGCCCAGCCAAUGAGGGGUGGCUGCCAGUCAGUGUGUGCUGAUGGCAGGUGGUGUUCAGUCUGAUUUGGCUCCCCGUGCCACAUUGUUUACAAGAACCAGAGGCCAAGGGGUGACAGUAGAAGCAAAGAAGGAGUCAUGUAGACAACAGCCAUUUUUCAUCCAUCAUUGUCAGUAUUUCAGCUGGGUGAUCCACGCAAACUACAUUUGAGCACCGUGAGUUACACAUGAAAAAUAGUGUAAUGAAAAAUUAUGGAUUUACUGGCCAGUAAAUAUGAGGAAAAGUGAAGAAUUUAUCUUUAUUCUGACACUUUAGGCAGCAUAAAUCAAUGCUAAAUGACAGCCGGCCCUAGAGGGAUACAUUUGGACUAAUAAACUUAGUUGGUCUGGCUAGAACAAUCACAGCUCAUAAAUCUAAGCUUCCCAAUCAUGCAUUCAUGUAGGUUUUAGUAACUAGUCAGUAUUACUGUGUGCUUUAAUGUGUUUAUGGCAUUGUGAGUGCAAAACUACAAAAAAAACACAUUGAUGUUUUUGCAGUAUGUCUGUUAUAUCUGAAUAAAUUCAUUGUUUACAUGCAUCUGAAUACAGUUUUAAUUAACUGUUUUGCAUUACAACUAUAUUCAUAAAGUAUUGUUGUUCCGUUGUCACCAAAAGCAUGAAACUGAUGCUUUGGAGAUACAAUAGGGCCAGACAGCAGCGCGGUAAUCCUAAAUACUGGAUAAAGAGGAGCACCAACAAUACCCUUAUGUAAGAGAAUUAUGAUACUCCAAGGAUUAAAAAGUCCUGCAGGACAAACAGGAUCUUUCUCAGAAGACUCAGUGUGAUAUCUAAUAAAAUGAAGGCGCUCUUCAUCGUGCCAGGACUGAUGUUUUUUAUCUUUGACAGUUAUACAUUAUGCAGCGUGACAUAUGAUGUAUUAUAUUAAUGUAAUCCAUCACCAGUGUAUCAUAAACAAUGGAUGAAACAUGUUUUAUUCAAAAGUGUAUGUUGGACAGGAAGUUAAAUGCUUACAUUUGUUGGUAGUUGUCAAUGUCAUUUGGAGUGAUAUUUUAUUUAAAAAGUGUAACGUCUUCUUCCUUAUGUUUAUUUAAAUCUCCCUGCUUUAUACCCUAUUCUGAAUACAUUAGAUUUAAAGGAAAAAAAAUCCAAGAAACAGUCCUUUAGUGAAAUCCAAGCAAAAGAAAAUACUGCUGGUGUCUGUUUAUGUUAUUAAAUUGAGAAAAGACGUCUGGAUAUUUGCACUUUUAUUCUUUUUUUUUAAUUAACUUCAUUUUAUUUUGGUAAAACAAAAAGAUUGUUGUUGGAUGUGGUAUUUCCUUCUGAGGGUAACUGGAACUAAGCUGGGUUGUGAAAGCAAAGAUGCUCACUGGCCUUUGGAAUCCAGGACCGAGCCUUAGUUCUUCUAUCUGAACAGAACAUGAGCUGGGUGGUGUUUACCGCCGUGGACCCUCUGUGCUUUUCUCCUGCGGCACAGAAAAGAGGUCAGAGUCUGUGAUCUCUCUGCAGUCUUAAUGACCCAUCAGAGCAAUGUUGUCUCAGCCAGGGCGGUUUUUCCAAGCCACACGAUGACGCCACGGUGAAGGCGCUGUAGGCGUGAGAGAGGGGCUGAGGUUUAAAGGUACCAGAUGGGGCUCCUGCACCCUCUGUGAAAGUACAAUAUGAUGGGCUGUACAUUUGUAUGAUGACAUACCAUGUUGUUAUUGGCCAAUUAUGUCAUCAUAUGUAAUUUUUGAAACUAUAGAUGAUUUUACAUUACUUACCAGUUCUGGCUGGACUCUGGAAAAACAUGUUUCUUUAACUGGUGGUGUUGAUGUAUUCCUCAUGUAGAGCUGUCCUGGAUGACAUGAUUGUGAGUGACCUCUCUCCAGAGCCAAAAAUACAGAGGUGUGUGAUUGACAGUGCAAGAGAAGGGCAGGCUCCGGAGCAUCUGGGGGAGCCAAAGGAUUUAGAUUACUUAUGCUGAGCAAAUAAAAACCCCAGAUGACACUCACUUUGUGUGUUAGGUCUGGGUUAGCUGGGGAUUUGGCACCAUGGAGGUCUAUGCCAAUGUAAGGGGCUUUUCUCAUCCAAGGUCCACUUAAAAGGUUCAAAUGUUUACAUUGUUACAUUUUGCAUUUGGUCCGUUUAGCAUUCACACGGGAUGGGACUUUUGCUAAGCAAACCAAAUGGUUAAAAAAAGGGGAAAAUUACAAGAGAAAACCGCUGUCUGUCACCUGCUCAUUUGGGGCACAAUCUUCAUUGUCCGUCAAUUUACAGAAAGUAGCCGACCAGAGAGAACAAUAUUCGUCUUGCUUCAUGCAAUUCACCAGAAGUGGCGUUGGCGAUUUGCGAGUUUUUACAGACAGUGCAGUGUUUUGACCGACUGUUCUUCGUCUGCUGUGACCUCUGUAUGCCAGGCAUAAUUUCCCGGCUUUAUCACAGUGCAAAUGUGUUAUUGGAUUAUAUUGACAUAUAAAAGUCAGUUUGAUUGAAGGAGUAAGGGGACAAUGGUCCUUUUUAAAACGAACCAAACAGUCCUGGUGUGAAUAAGUUUACCACAAUGCAAGUAUUGAUCACAAAACAAUUAUGGAGCAUAUUCUUUUCUAUAUGGAAUAAAUUUACAGAUUAGUUUCCUGAUUGACAAUUGAAUUAGAUGAUUGACACAUGUGGCUAUGUGCAGAUUUUCAGCCUCAAAGUGGUUUCAGGGAUUAGAGAAGGUUAGCUGUGGUCGAAAGUAACAAAUCUGCCAAGCAGCAUCUAAAAGGCAAACCAAUGAACAUGUCAAAUGUUGUAUUUUUAACUUGCCUUCUUCAAAAUUGUUGCUUGCAGCUCAAUACAGGGUGUGCAAGUCCAUGACCUUUAGUUGUAAAUUUAUUUUGUGUACUGAAACUAUAAAAAAAUUUCAUUUUACUUUCAUAACAAUGGCUCUCUCUAAAAGUUAUUUUUGUCUCUCCCAGAGGAUAAAUAUAGUUGAUAAGAGUUUUGAAAUUGUCUAUAUUGUAACCUCAGUAUUCAGUUUGUGUUGCUUUUUCUUUCCUUUUCAUAUGCUGCUGUAGUGACCAACCAGUGAGAGCUGACUAAUGGACCGGCGUCUUAUCUUCUAUUCAAAGCUUCAUUACUUUUCGCCUGUGGUCCACCAUGUACCCAGGCAGCUGUUUUUCAGCUAAAUGACAGCUUUCCAGUUCAGGAAAGAAAAGGAAAAAAACUGAGAGGCCCUGAGGUAGACUUAGAACACACUGGAAGGAUUACAUAUGCCAUCUGGCAAGGAAGCCUUUCAGGAUUCUCGGGAGCAGAGCUUGAAAACUUCAGACCUUUAUAAUCUUUUGCAAGCAGAGUGAUGGAUAGAUAUAAAAUCUAAAACCAACAUAAAUCUGGCAAUGCUUGUAUUUUUUCAUUACUUAAACAUGUUAGACUGGAUGUGCCUCUUUAUGGUUAUAUUCAACAGUAAGUUGAUAGUGAGCAGGUCUUGUCUCAACAUAAAGGGAUUCUAAAUUGUACAACCACCCAUUCACUAUAUACUAUCCCACUCAUUACACAACCAACAACCAAGGACAUGAAUAAGUGUAAAUAAAAUAACUUUUGCAUCUGUGACUUUAUUGGUUAAACUAUUAUCUUUUUUUAGUUUAAGCACUUUUUUAAUAGCAUUUCUUUAUUUCAACACUCCAUUCAUUUAUUUAUUUAUUUUUUGAACAUCAUAUUUAGUUUUAUUUUCAUGUCAUCAAACAUAAAUCAUAUUAACACAUAGACAUAAAUUCAGGAGAAAGCAGAAAAAAGAGAAAUACAUAAUGCAUAAAUAAACAACACCCAAAGUGUACGGUAGUGUGGCGGGUUAAUCAGUCUGUUCAGCAUCAAAAUUAUAUUCAUACAUUUUUUUCUGAUCUGUAUCUCGGAAAGGGUAACAUCAAACAAAGUAUUUGGUAAUGAAAUAGAAACACUAGUUGAUUUGUCCUCUGGUAGUGAAAUAAAUAAACACAGGAAUAAAAAAGCAAGAGAGAAAACAAAAAAAAAGGAAAAAAAAUGUAUAUAUUAUAUAUGCACAUACGUACAAUAAAUAAAUAAAAAAAGUUUAUGACUAUAUAAAUACAAUGCAUGCAAUAAAAAAAUGCAUUAUACAUUAUAUAAAUACACAAAUUAAUUCAUCGGUGCAGCCCUGUCUACAUAAAUAAUAUUAUAUAUCUAUACAGCUAAGAAAAUGAAUCUCAAUACAAUCAGUGCUGCCUCCAUGGCAACAGGGUUCUUAACAGACUCCUCAAUUACCCUUUUUCCAUCAAGCCAGUUCCAGUUAGUUAAAAGUCAUCACCUAAUUUGGAAACAGUACUUCCGCUACUGAAGAUCUGGCUGUGGACCACAAAGACUAGCACCAACUCUCUGCUGGGCUAGAAGAGCUGGGGGCGGGGCUGUCAUGUCCAAAAGGUUAACAAAAGCUACAAAACAGGAAUUGUUCAGUGUAUGGAAGAAUCAAUACACUUUUGUUAAUUACCUGUUUUCUGGAGCGUAAUCCCCGCCAGAAGCUGUCCUGCCGAGCAGAACUUGUUCUCUGGUCUUUCUAUGAUUGGAUACAGUGUUUGAAAAGCUAUAGGAGAUACACCAAAGAUGAGACACUGUAGUCCUCUAUUGUUGUUGUAACGCAAGUUGUGCUGGGAAAUAAAUGAAAUAUUCUCUGAUGUAUGUAGUGAUGCAAUGAGCAGGCUCCUUUGUGGCCCCAGUGGGUAGGAAAGCAAGCCGGUUCUUCGACAGUUUGCAGAAUAAGCCAGCUCUGAACUAAGACUUGACAGGGGUCCAGUAGCUCCUCAGGCUGCUCUUAAAUCUGUGUGCGGUAACUGUCAAUAUUUCCGUACUCUCCUCCUGAAAACUCACGUUUUUUACCACAUUUACCAAUUUUUUUUUACAAUUUUUCCAGUGUCAUUAGGCAGAGGUUUAACCUGAUUGACAUCCACAAUCAUCCUGACCAAUAAGAAUGAAGUAUUUUUUAGAGCCAGGUUAUAAUCAGGGGUUAAUGCAUUGUGAAUUUGGCAAACCAGGAAGUCACUGCAGUCAUACAAAGUCUCAUUAGCACACUUGUUCGCCUCUUAGUUAACAAUUAUUGAUGUGAAACGUCGAGACUUCUACUGCAAAAUCAAAUGUUAUGAAAGCUGAAAGCAUUGCACAGCAUUUAUAGUUUGUCUGCCACAGGAGGGCAACCCCCCGGUGAUAAACUUGAUAUUUUAUGUGAGAAAUUGUCUAGUGACACCCCAAUGAACCAUAGCGUUGAUUUUCUGUGAUGCUUAGGCAGGUUCUGAUUGUACUGUGGCUGCAUCCAUCCUGGAUCAGAAUCAACACCCCAUUUGUUGCCAUGGAACAAGACAAAAAAAAGCCCAAUAAAACAGUUAGUGAAAAAAGGCGAUUAUUCAAAAAUAUGAUUUUCUGCCACCUUGAUGGAAAAAGAGUCGAGAAACUGAUGUGCAAUCUAUUUUCUAAUAUCCUUCCCUACUUUGGCUCCUGUAUAAUAUUACACCAGUAACCACAGAAGGCAGAGAGGGAGAAACUUCAUGUAAUCCAAUCCCCAAAUUUGGACAGGGCUUUAAUCUGUGGAAGAUUUGCCUCGAUAUGAAAUUAUGGUCUUUGUUUGAUUCUUUCUUUGUUUUUCCACUCAAUAUAAAAAGCACAUCAUUGUCACAUCCCACAAACUUGGGCAAACCUAACCAAUGAUGGAAAGUAAGCAGGAUUUUAUACCGGUACUAUUCUUCAGUGUAAAUAACUGGUUCUAAAAUGUAUAUUUGUCUGAUGGAACUGUAAUGCAUAUAUCAGAAACUUAGAUUUGACAAUACUUAAUUUAAAACUUUAACCAAAGAAAAGUCAGCUAAAAUCCAAAAAUUGCUGCUUACGUUGAAAUUCUUUAAUAAAAAAUUUCAUUUAUUGUCUAUAACUCUAACAGGGAUCUUUCGGGUUAAAUUUGUUUUUAUGUUGAAAUGUUCAAUUCCCUUUCGCUGCAUGACAUUGACUUCAAAAAGAGCAAUUUCUUUAGUGUACUUUUGUGAUUCCUUUUGAGCUAAAUUAAAUUAUUGAAACACAAUCACACCUUAUCCCUCUGAACUUCCUUUGAAUCAAGUCCCUAAUGCUUUCCAUUUUAAUUAGUAUUCUGCUGGAGUCCCUCUUGCAUGCGUCUGUUCCCUCUGAGUUUUGAAGUCACUAACCUGGUGGCUGAGGUAUUGAAGCUUCAGCAGACCCUGGCCAACUCUGUGUGUGUAUAUGUAUGCACAUGUGUGUGUGUGUGUGUAUAUGUGUGCCGUGAGCCCCAUUGUCUCCAGAGAGAUUUGAUUUAUAUCCUGCCUCAGUCUGUUGUUUGGCAUCCUCUCGCUCCCUGCUACCCUCUGUCCCCCAAAGCAGGAGCCUGCCAGCCCUCCCAUCAAAACACAUCAUUUCCAUGCCAGCGCUCUCAUCCAGCCUCAUAUACGCACUUUUAAUUCAAACUAGAUCAUCAGCAAGAGCAGAGACAUUAUAAUUUACAUACUUUGCUGUCAGAAGAUCCAGUACAAAGGACACAAGUGAAGGGUCACUACAAACUUUAUUUUUUGUUUUGUUCUUCAUAUCUAUAUUUAUAGCAGACCAUUAAAAAUGUUGAAUUUUGGAGUAAAAAGUGUUGAAACUGUUAAAAUGCCCAUCAAAAGAGGAUUUUUAAGGAGUAUUAAUCAUUCUUUUUUUGUUAUUACAUUAAUUAAGUAUGCAUAUACUGAGAUUAUGAGGAAUUACCUUUUUUUUUCCAAGAUAAUGUGGGUGAACAUAACUUGACCUGAAUCAAACUAAUGCAAUACAACAAGCAAAUGCUGACAGUCUGUUGGAGUCUUGAAAUUGAAAUUUCUUCCUGUAGGUUUUAAUCAUUUGUUUCUCAUUCAGACUGAGGCAAAGCUGUAAAAAAAUCUUCAUUUUAACUUUCAACAUACAUUUCUAAUAAACUAGCUUUAAACCAGGACACCAGUUUGAGGGGCUUUAACAAUCACCCACAUGUUUUGCAAAGUCACUGCAGAUCAAAUACAAAGUGUGUUAAAGUGGGUACAAUAAAACAAACCAUCUACCCUGAGGAGCUGAGGUUAAACAGACUGUCAUGUGGACAGGCCCCUUCAGUGCUUUGAUUCAAUAAUGAGAAAAAUUCACUUCAGUGGCUCUGAGCUGUUACUCCAAUCAAUACUUUUUAAAAGGUUAAGACACAUGAGGACUCUUAAAGUCUUUUAGCUUCAACAAUUUGUGCUGCUACUCUGUGAACUUUUUACAACUUAUGUGUGCAUAGUUUUAGAAAAUCCUUCCAGUGCCAUAAUUCAGUGUUUGGAUGAAUGCAGAUCAAAUCAACAAAGAGGCAAUUAUACAGUGAAAAUAAGUUUGAACUUUUUCAGCCAAACUCUUUUCAGGAGUUUUCAACAACAGCCCCGAGAGAUUAGACGAUAAAAUAUGAAAAUAUUAAUAAAAAUAUUCUUGUUCCUCAAGGCUGUUAACAAUGUAAAUGUGGUUACAGCAGCAUUUCAGUUUUUAUCCCUGCAGGGCUCACAGCACUGUAUCUCCACUCUGAUCCCCUGAAAGUGUUUAUCUAUGAGUCUCCGUCGACCUAACUGGCAGGUGGAUGAAUCUCCUCCUCCUCUUUGUGAACUGGCCUGCAGGUUUAUUAGCCUCAGCACAGUGGGACAUCUUCUCCAGCAGCUCAUUCAUUUCGAUUUGUUUUCAUUUCAAGCAGCGAACUCAAUGUCUUCGCCCUUUAUCUCACCUAUUAUUUAGCACAAUAACCAAUUAUUAAAUCAACAAGUUCUGAAGGAAAAAUUGCAGCUCAAGGAGAAAUUAUGUAAUUUAAUAGAUCAGAGACAUGGAGAGUCUUUGAAGCUAAAUCUGAAAAUGACAUUAGUGCUUUAUAUAAAAGAUGUUGUACAAGUUAAUCAACAUCAAAUUGAUGGUAUAUUGGAGAAUCUAUUUGUUUUAAUUUAUUGUUCUGGGUUGUAAUGUUUGAAGUACUUGCCUAUUUGCUGCUUAAUUAUUUUUCUAUACCGUGUGUAAUUAGCUUUCCACUCUAAGGGCUGAACAAGUGAAUAUGUUUCAUUACAAUGAUGAGACAACAGUAAAACUUCCUCAGACAAACUUCAAUCGAAGGACAUAUUUGCUAAUUUCAUGGAGACAAUCGGGGAAUAUGGGUAGGACGUCUACACUGAGUGUAGCUUACUGCAUUCAAGGUCACCGAAUCUACAGCUCCCCUAUCUUCAGAGCCAUUUUUGGUGAGGUAAAGCUACAAAGACAAUGCAAAUUCGUUGAUGCUUCUUGAGUUUAUCAGGUUGAACAGUUACCAAAAUGUAUUGCAAUUUAAAGUAUUAAAGCUUCUGUGAGGAACUUUUGGUUUGUUUCAAUUUGUGCAAACCUUGGGAAAAAAAGUCGUUCUAUGUCUUAAAAAAAAAAAACUUGUCCUGCUGAUUUUUGGCAGUCAAAUUGAUAGUGAGUAUUUCAUGUUGGAAUGUGAAAACAGGGCAGUUUUGGACACCUACCCCCUCAGACCAGUUUCAGACAUAAAAAGUUUUAAUAUGAAAAUUGUCAAACUUGUCAUUGAUGGUCUUGUAAACGUAUUUAUUUUAUUUAAUAUCAAAACUAAAGAAGAUGUGUACAUAAGUUUAUAGUGUUUGGUGUACUUUUGAUAUCCUAAAGAAGGGAAAAUAAUAGUAAUAUGGGAACAAGGUAAACCACAGAUUUGCAACUCUUGCCAUCUCUUGUCUGCAGUAGUAAGAAAGCAGAGUUCAAUUCUCAUGCUGGAUCCCCGAGGCAUUACCGGUAGAUCACUCAACAAUCAAACUACAAAGACCUUAAGUGACUAUCUCUGUUCUUUGCUUUCUCAGCUACAGAAUCUUUAAUGUGGGAACACCAUCGCUGUGGCAGACUUCUGCACUCACAAAGCCAUGAAGAGCAUCUACAACACGACCUACAGACAUAACAGAUUACAUGGAGGAACUUGACUGAUCGUCACAAUCGUCACGAUGACUUUAGGAAACUGGAGGGCGAGAUGAAACCCGGAAAGAAGGUUUGACAAAAAAUGACAUCUCAUCAACAUUCACUGUGUUAUUUUCAGAAAAAGCCUAUCAGAGGAAUAAAAAAAAAACAACUGUUAAUGUGUCUUUGGGUUGUGAGAACAGUUUGGACUGUCAGUCCCUCCUGUAGUCAGUAACAAUAGAAAUGGUAGCAGUAAUGAGUCAGCUUUUUCUUACCAACAUUUCUCUUUUGUCCGUCUGUCUCGGUAGUCCAUUGAUGGCACAUCGUAGAGGCAGAGAUGUUGUUGCCAACUUCACAAUCUUUUCCUCUCUCCUAUUGUUCCAUCUCACAGCACCAACUUCACAAGUGCAGAGUGCUCCUUGAAAGGCAGGAAGACAACUCAAAGGAGCUAGACUUUCAAUUCGGAGGUCUUGAUGGAAUAAUAGUGCUUAUUACAAACCCCGGUUCCAAUGAAGUUGGGACGUUGAGUAAAAUGUGAAUAAAAACAGAAUAAAAUGAUUUGCCGAUCCUUGACUAAAUACACUACAAAGACAAGAUAUCUUCAAAAACUGUGUGAAAUGUGGAACCCUCGGACCAGAGCGCACUUUCCCACUUUGCGUUAGUCUAUCUCAGAUGAGUCCAGGCCCAGAGAAGCCAGCAGUGUCUCUCUGCAUUGUUGAGACGUGGCUUUGGCUGUGCACAGUAGAGUUUGUGGAUGUUGAGAUGAACUGUGUUAACUGACAAUGGUUUUCUAUAGUGUUCCUGAGCCCACGGAGUAACAUCCUUUACAGAAUGAUGUGGGUUUGAAUGAACUGAAGCCUGAGGGGUCGGAGGUCACAAGCAUUCAAUCAAUGUUGGUUUUGUCCCUGAUGAAAUCCUGGAAGUCCUUGAAAUUCUGCAUUGACGAAUGUACUUAAACUGUUGGUUCAUGUGCUCACGCAGUUGUUCAAAAAGUGGUGAUACUCGCCCUGACCUUUCUUGUGAAUGACUGAUCCUUUCAGGGAUGCUUCUUUAAUACCUGUUUCCAAUGAACCUGUUCACACGUGGAAUGAUCCAAACAGGUGUUUUUGAGCAUUCCACAAUUUUCCCAGUCCUUUGUCCAAACUUAUCUUAAUAGUUUGAAAAUGAAAUAUCUUGUCUUUGUUGUGUAUUUAUUGAAUAUAGGUCAAAAAGGAUUUAGAAGUCAUUGUAUUCUGUUUUUAUUCACAUUUUAUAGGACUUCUUUGGCAUUGGGGUUUGUACGUGUAUGUUAUCAGGAUGUCAUCUGGAAUCUCAGAAACUUAUCAGAGAAAUAACUAAACAUAAUAAUAAAAAAUAAAAUAAAAUACACACACACAUAUAUAUAAAACCACUGUUAUCAGAUAAAAUGACAAAAUAAAGAGAGUAGUUUUGUCUGAAUUAAUCUGUUAACAUUUACCUGAUCACAUCAUUACAAUGAGAUAAUAUCGGGCCUGAAGCUUCAAGAUUUCACCUUCCAAAAAAUCUCAAACAAUCACAUACUCAAAAUGUAUUUUUUUUCAUGCCAAAUAUACAGAAUAUUUCAGUUUUAUCACAAUGCAGUAAAGUUAUUUGAUCGCAAUAUAAUGCACAUACGGAUACAAUUUGAAACAGUGCAUGCUUCUAAACAAAGUAGCAGACAGUUUCUUUUCAUGGCGUGCUUCUCAGACUUAUACUUCUUAUAAUUAACAUAAUGAAUAUCAGCAGGUUGCUGCUUCAGACACUCAUUAAAAGGACUGCUAUAAGAUUUAAUAUCCACCAGGUGUCACUGUGUUUAAUAUUGACAUGUCAAAGCUUUCGAUUUUUUUGGACACAAAUUGACAGAAAGCGGCAAACGCUUCACCAGUCUUCAUCACUAUCCAUUAUCCAUGAACAGCUUACUGUUAUAAACGGGGGUCAUUAGCCAACAGUCAAAACUGUACAUGCAUUAAGCAUAAACCUUCAGAACACCUGGUCAAAUUUCUGUGGUGAAGUAUUGAUGAAAUCUCACCGAGAACUGAAGAAGGAUUCAAUUUUAGCAACAUUUAUCCUACAAAUGAGGAGUGGAAAUCAAACUACCAAUAUUUGGCAUUUGUUAGUAUUUUGUAAGACUUGGAAAUGGAAUACAGAAGACAUAUAUCCCUUUCGAUACCAACCACUCAACAUAGUCCACUUCUCCAACACAGCUGAGCAAGGCACAUUCAAGAGCACAACUGUAUCCCUAAAAACAACAGCUAUGAAAUCCCCUGGUAGGAGGAUAAAAAAGUGACUCGGGUGCACUGAUUGAGUGGAUUUUAAAACAAAAAUAAAACUAUUUUAAUUUUAUUAUUAAAUCGUUUAAAAGGGCUCUGGAGUUUGGAAUAAGCUCCUGUAUAUUAACUCAUCCCAGUGAGAGAAUCAAAUGUAUCUCCCGUCCUGCAGAAACAUGCUCGUCUGUCACUGAGUUGUGUGUUCACAAAAGAGAUUUGCUCAGAGGAAUGUGUGCAGACAGAGAAAUGCUCUGAAGCCCCAAGGGAAGGCCAUUGCUAUCUAUUAGCACCAGUGUUAGCCUCAUUAGUUGUUAUACAUCUCAGAGGGAUUUUUAAAAGCACAAGGCAGACUCAUUAAAUGAAAGCAUGACAAAUAUUUCAGCGUGCGUGUUACACGGUGCUACACCCUGCUCUGUUUGUGAAUAAAUUUACAAAACCGGAUAAUGAUAUCACAGUGUUAUGUUAGGGAAAUGUUAACUCUCUUAAAAGCUCAGUUUUCUUACAGCUCAGAUUUAAUUCUCUGUGUAUUUUUUGAUAUGAUGUUUUCACCUUAUAAUAGGCAUGGUAAUGCUCCCCUGAUAGCAUAUUUCAGCUGCUUUAAUGCGCACACUUCACCACAAGGCUGAGUAAUUGAUGCCUGUUAUCCAUAUAGCAUGAAAUGACAAACAACAGAAGGUCAUGUUAGGAAGUGUGUACGCGCAACAUGAAUGAAGGGGGCUGGAGAGAUUGAGUGUACCAUGGAAAAGCUAUCAACUGCCCCCCUGCUCCAGCCUCCCCUCCCAUUUUCAGCUCGGUGCACUCUUUAGUAGAAUUAUUGAUGGCGCUUGUGUGGUACAGAGGACUAGGAUAAAGAUGUCUCAAUCCCAGGGCGGAAAAACAAUAGCUACGGCAAAGGCUGGGGUUAGCAGGAGGAACAACGCAUGCAGUAUUUAUUGCUGUGCUCAAUAAGAGGGAAGAAGACGAAUUGAAGUCAUCUCCAAAGGGGAGCAACUGGUAGAAGUCAUCCCACACUGCUGACAUGGUAUCAGCACAGUUUGGAGAAGCAGUAACACUACCUCAGAUGGAUGUGGCAGAGAAAGAAAGAAAGAAAGAAAAUUUAUAGUAAAAUUCAUUGUGUAAAAGUGUGCAUCAAAAUUUCAGACCCUCCAAAUGUAGAGUGGCAUCUUGUAGAGUUUUGUAUAAUUUUAUGGCGUAUUAUUAUCACCAAAUGCAGAAGUUUUCAAUGUCUUAUUGUGUGUGUUUUGUAUAAAGAAUCUUACUCUGUUUAGGAUUUAAAAGUAUAAGAUUUUAAUUAAAGUGGCCUGGAGCUAUAGAGUAUCAUUAAAUGAUAAUCAUAAAGUAAAGAAGAAGCACUUGGCUCUGUUUUUUAAGGCCUCUGGUUGUUUGGAUGAUCAAGUAAAAAUGUCUCUAUGACAUUGAAGUUAAAAGUCACAUGGGGUGAAAGCUUAAGGUGCCUCACUGAUAAAUCCACAAUGAUUGAUCCACAGCUUUCAUUGUGUCUCAUCCAAAAAUGCAACUCCUUUACCAAACUCAGAAAGGCCAAACCUAAUAUCAAGAAAGUUUACAGAAUCUUAAGGGGAUAUCCCGGCGUAAAAUUUAUUUAGGGUCAAACACACCGUAAGACCGAGUUGGACACCCCCUCGAGAGAUGAAUGUUGCCGACCACUUGCAAUACACAGCGGUUUGAGGAGCCAUAAAUAACCCUCAACCAAAACGUCACUCUGUAGCCACAAAUAAUGCUCAGAACAGCACCUAACUUCAUCAACAGUACAUAUAGGGUCCCAGCCAUAGUACUAGCCACCAAACAUCUUUUUAACUCUGAUCUCUUUAGCAAAGAGACUAAACUCAACCCACCUACUCUCUUCCAGCAGUUGCUUGUUUGUAGGGAAACCUCGGACAAGUCCAUUACGGACUGCUGCGGGGUGACGCAGCUCAAGGAAGAACAUUUAUGAUCAUUUCUUUAUUAUUUCCUUGAAGUAAUAAUCACCAUAUUAAUCAUUUUGCACUGCAGACACUGUAGUUCUUCUGCCUUAGCGUCUCGGUCUGAUUGCAUUUCCAUGAAGAAAUGAUCAUAAAUGUUCUUCCUUGAGCUGCGUCACCCUGCAGCAGUUCGUAAUGGACUGGCCUGAGGUCUCACUACAAACAAGCGGCUGCUGGAAGAAAGUAGGUUAGUUGUGUUUAGUCUCUUUGCUAGGGAUUGGUGGCUAGUACUACGGCUGGGACCCUAUAUGUACUGUUGAUGAAGUUAGGUGCUGUUCUGAGCAUUAUUUGUGGAUAUAGAGUGGCGUUUUGGCUGAGGCUUGGGAGUGGCUCCUCAGACCGCUGUGUAUUGCUAUCGUGCGGUCAUUACUAAAGUUGGUAUAACUAGAGAAGCAAGCUGUUGGCAACAUUCAUCUCUUGAGGGGGUGUCUAACUCGAUGUUACGGUGUGUUUAACCUUAAAUUUAUUUUACGUUGGAAUGAAACAGGAAAUUAAAUCAUUUCUGAAAUUUCGAAGAUGCUCAUAUGAAAAAGCUGACACAUUUUAGAGUAGUUGUUUCCAGGUUUUAAAAAGUGACGCAUUCAGCAAUUUGGAUAAAGUGAAAACAUGCUGCAAACACAGCACUGAUAGUCAAUAACCCUGUGAUGGUGUACUUAGAAAGCAGUUAAAAACUUUGAUAUUGUAUCAUGGCUCAGGCCACAUGGUAAGCAUAAGUCCAAUAAUCAAUCUCACACCAUCAACUCUUUAUCUGUCUUUAUUGGAUACAUGGACCCUUUUGUCCAAGUGCAACACCAGAUUUCCCUUUGUUUACAAAAGUUUCUUUCAGUGUGAUUGUUUUUAUUUUUUGUCCAAACACACAAAAAAAAACCUGUCACUCUGGUUUCCAGUCAGGAACCAAAGAGAAGUCUACCUUUUAUACUUCAAAGUAUUACAAAGUGAAAGAGAAAGUGAGAGGGAUGCUGGGAUGAGGUGCAACAAAAGGUCUGGAUUUCAAUUAUACAUGUUCGAAACUCUGCUGACCCACCAGGAGCCUCCACAGAGCCUGUCCGUGUACCAUGUAGAAACUUACACUACAUUAUAAUAAAGGUCAUGGUACAUUAUGAGCAACAGUGCUUCUGGCAGAUGCCUGACAUGGAUGUUAAAAGGUCAUUUCGGGACUGAGAAAGUCUUGUGAGACUGGAACAGAGAGAGACUUGGAGGGGUUUUGUGUGAAGCUGUCCUGUUUCCUGGGUUUCCUGGGUUUCAUCAUGCUUACAGAACCUUCCUUGACUUCUCUUCUGGCUGCAUGCUGACAGAUCUGUUUCCUCCCUCUAUUCCCAGAAUGUACAUCAUCAUGAUACGGCUUUAUGCUCUAUUUGGAGAUAAAAAGACAGUGCAUGGAGUGAAAGGAGAGACAUAAUAUCAGGCAUACGAGGUGAACAGCUAUUUUUAUUGUUAUUUUCUUUUGUUAGCUUUUGCAAUUUUACCUUUAUGUGUCUCAUGCAAGAGGACCAAUAUAGGGAAAAUGUAUGCAUUAUCUUUUCAGGGUGAGUGGCUGUUUGCCCCUUUCUUGCAAAGCUGAAAUCCUAGAAACCUUGAGCUUAGACACCAAGAUUUAUUCUGAUGUUUUAGAGCCAGAACCCUGAAAUCAUAUGCCAGUGUGCUAUCAAAUACUAUUAAAACUGGCCGUCUCUACCCUGUCUUAUCUGUUUGUUUGUUUGAGGAACAGAGGAGGGUUUGUUGUCUUUUUGUUUAACCCCCUCUUCACAUCUAUAAACGCGGUGCAGUCUCUACAUUAUCGGCCUUGGUUUGCAUUGUUGUGACGGCAUACUGCAAGGCCAUACAUCUAAACCGUUUCUGAACCUGUCCUCGGAGACCGCACUCGAUUAGAUUAAAAAAAUAACAGAUGUUUCUGUAGCGUCCUCUUUGCUGCCGUCUAUGUUUUCUCAUUGACAUUAUUAUUCCAUACCCCGAGCCUCAAAGAGAGAUGCUGACAGUUAUUGAAACUCACUGCCCAAAGAUCCAUCACUACGCUCAUAAACACCAGCUCUCUUGAUGUUUAUUCAUAGUGAGAGGAGAGCAUGAUUCAAAGCGGACAGACUAACAGUGCGGCUAUUGUCCCCUUUUGAUAAAUGCCACGGUCACAGAGGACAGCGUGUCCCAUGAUCUGUGUUUAUAGAAAUGAGAUCAUCAUAAGAAGGUGACUCUUACUUAAUAAAGACUUAUCAUGAAAAGCGGUUGAUUAAAGUGAGGCAGCAACCUUUUUUUUCCAUUAGGAGGAUUAAGGGAUGUAUAGGGUGGCUUAUAUCUUAUUUUUGUGCACCUGUCGCCUUAUGGCAUACAUCUUAACAUGACUGACGUCCAAAAUGGCCACUCACAAGAAUUCCAUUUUCAUAGGACGACUUUUAAAAGUUCACCUACUCGAAUCAGGACAUUUAUUUUUCAGACCAGUCAUUUUUAUCCAAGGCCUUUUUCAUUUUUUAUUUCUCAUUCUGUCACAGCCCCAAACCCAGAACAGCUCUGCAAUGCCACUCAGAUUCUACGUGUUUAUGAGGCCCCCUAGAGGUACAUUACAAACACUGCAUUAAAAACAGAGGAAUAAAACUGAUGUUGCUGUAACAUGACACCCCUGUGGAUUGCAUCACAGGAGUGAAUCAGAGUGUUAUCAGUGCCUCUGAUGAGAAAAACUGAGUGAGUACCACUGAGAAGUUUGAUGUGGAGAGUUACACAGAAGGGAGUAUUUGUUCAUUUUCUCAAGAACAAACUUGGUUUAACUGACAGGGGUGUGUCCGAUUAGGUGGCGUGGAGCCCCCUUGAAAUCCGAUUGGUCAUCCUAGACGCCACCCAAAAGCCUAAACUUGGAUGUUUGUCUUAUUCAAUGCUGGAGUUGUGUCAAAAUCGAAAUCAUAAUGUUGCAACAAGCUGCCAGAGGGUUUCUUUGCAUUUAAGCGCAGCACAUUGUCUCUUGUUAAUACAUAAAAAGAUGACUUUAGACAAACAUCUUUUUAAGAAAAUACAAACGUAUAUAUUGUCCAUUUGUUGUGCUACUGUUUGAUAUUCAUUAUGUUUUAAAUCUUUAAUCAUAGUAGAUAUAAUUAGCAGAAGCAGAGAGAAUAAUCUUCAUUCAUGUGUGCUUUAAAAGGAGAUAAGUUAAACCUCGAAUACAACCUAAAACAAUGAGACCCUUAAAGUGAGUUACCAGCACUGUGGCUAACUGCUAGUUUGGAAAAACACAGAUGUCUUGAGUGACGUUGCUUUCUCGAUUCCUCUUAAUUUACUAUUUUUCACUAACCAGGUCUUCUUGUUUGGAGUGGUGGGAGGUUUCUGACAGUAAGAUUUAAGAUUCCUUUAUUUUAAUCGGCAAAAACUACAAAAGUAAUAACCCACCAAACAUUGGGCGUAGAAGAGACCUGCAGAUCAAGUCAGUAUUGGGUCGGUCCGUCAAAGACCAUAUUUAGACGUCAGUGCGACGUGCUAAAUGGGUUCGAAAUUUUGACGUCCAAAUUGGAACUUUUUAGACAUCGCUCAGACGUUUAGAAUUUGGACAUCAUCUGAAGACCAAAUCUAGACGUCGGCAUAACGUGCAAAAUGGAUCCAAGAUUUAGAUGUCAUUAUUGGACCUCUUUUGGACAUUGAAAUGAUGUCCUCAUUUGUACCUCAUUGUCGAAAGAAUACAUUAAAUAGACAUCAUUCCGACGUCCCAUGGCGCAGUGGGAAGUAAGAGCAGUAAUAAAUCAGCACAAAGUGUUGCUGAAAUAGAAUAAAAAAACUAAUGGAUAUAGAGCUGUCUGGGUAUCGAUUCUAUCACUGUUCUCAUAAAUGCCUCAAAAUGCUGUCAUCCUGUCACUUGGAACUCAGUUCUCCACCCUGCCAGUCAUUGUGUUUCCAUAUCUGGAAUUUUCCCACUGACACACACACAGCUGGGUCAUCACAUUGAUGGGAGCUGACAACUCAGAUACCCAGACUUCCUUUCAUGUCAAGAAAUGUCUCCAGUUUGUGAAACUGCGCGCUGUGACACAUGUCCUGACAAGGUGUGAAUGAACUCUGAUGAAUUGUGUUGCAAUGUGGGUAAAGUGGCAGUCCUCUGAGUUGAAUGGUUGUUACCGUACUGGACCAGUUAUAAUAUUCAUUUUGUUCAACAAGCAAAAAAAGAAAAAAAAAGGAACCCAGUUUUUUUUUUUUUUAGCAUAUCGCUCAACUGAGCGUAGUGGAAAGUCUUUAUUUUUAACAUUUUAGGAGUCGAGACAGCAGCUGAGCAGUAACUGAAACUAUUAACACACACACACACACACAGGAAGCUGGGUGACCACUCAUCAUUGUAACACACCCGACAAAACUUCCUGCUUGUGUGUCUGUUUGUGGUUUCGGCAGGAGGAGAGAGAGUAGGCGGACUGGGUGGGAAGCCUCAGUUGUCAGUCAAAAGGUGGUAAAAGUUGAAGCAGAUAGCCAAACAGAGCAGCGUGAUGGAGCCACAACAGAUCAGAGAGGGAUACCUUGUGAAAAAGGUAAGAAAACACAAGAAGGAAAAGCUUUUUGGUGUUGUCGCAGUGUAGCUUAGAUGUGUUACUCUUAUUUUUUUUACUUUAAAGUUCUGUUAAAGUAAAAUAAGAAUCUAAAUUGACAUCUACUGUGUAUGAAAAUGCUAGAUUUUACUUUUCAGUGUUUCAGACAAAUGUAUUUAGGGAGCUGAAUGUUAGAGGACUUGAAGAAAGGCAAAAUGAACCCAAGGGUUGAUGAGUAAAGUCACUGUUGUAUGGGUUAACCCUAAAAAAACCACAGUACACAAGUUCAUACUUAAGUUCUGCAGUUUCAAGUAAAACUUCCUGCUUCUGUCUUGAACCAACAGCAGAAGUAGAGAAGUGUUAUAUUGGUUGUGUUUUCCAUUAAUAGCAGACAUGCUGUAAAAGUGAACAUGAGCUCUCUUUGACUGUGCAUGUGCAGUCUUUUUACUUCGUCAAUUCGACUUUGUUUAUUGGCCUAAUGGGUGUAUUUGAAGUGCUUACUGCUGACCGUUUAAGACAGCCUCGACUUUGACCUGAAACUAACACUUUGCGCCUUCAUAAGGCCGAAAUACACAACCGAACUCAACAAGAACAUUUCAAACUGCGCUCCUUUCACAACACAAACUGUGUGAACGAGAGCCGUUUCCUGCAUGUCAGAUAGAGCAUGAGUGAUUUUUUUUUUUUUUUUUUUCAGGUGUGGUGAGAAUUUGUUUCUCAUACUGAGAACUUAAACCAACAUGAACCCUUCUUUGUAGGCUGUCCCAUGCAUGCCUCAUUUCUCUCUCUUCAGUCAUUGUCUGUGUCUUCAUAAAGCACCUGCAUGACAGUAGAUAUACCAUGUUUAGUCAUGACCUUUCAAGUUUUAUUUAUAAUCUAAUGACACUGAGGUUGUCAUGGCUGUGUGUCAUGGUCAUGCUUAGAGAUGACCAAACAGUUUUGUACAGAAGCUGCAAAAGACGAUGUCUAAAGUUUAAGAUGUUCAGAGGAUUCGUCAGUACAACUAAAAAUACAUUUAAGCAGGUUUCAUAUUUGAUGGAAGAAAAGUUUGUUGGAAAAAACAAAGCUGAAGUGUCACACAAACUCAAAUUCUCAAAAAGACUAAAAUCUCCUCUUUUCUUCGCGAAUGAGUUUUAAUUUCUGGGCAUCAAAGAUUUACCACACAUAAUAUGCAGGAUUUAGCACGUCUGUAACAUGUAAAAGACUACAAUUUUGAACACUCUAAGAAAGCAAACACUUGUAUGUCAAGAAAAACUGAUGCAAUUUAGUCAUAAAAUUCUGCAAAAAGCUAAAAAAAAAAAGAAUGUUUAUGUGGCAAGUACUUCAAGUUUUACUUCUUCUAAACUUUUCUUCUUCUAAACCACUUUGUGGCUGCUAACCACAGACCGUGGGUGUGGGGUUCAUUGGAAAAACGGUCAAAAUGAUAGAACUCGUAAUGAUAAGUAGAGUGAAGAUAGAGUCAAAUUUAUGCAGGUAUGAUCACUGAAAUGACAUUUACGGCUUUAAGAAUCUGCUUUUUUAUACAAGCAUGUUUGCAUGAAGUGAACUACUGUGGGAGUGGUUCAGUAUCCGGAUAAACAGUGUGGUAUGAAUGACAAGAUAGAGAUCUGCAGCUGUUCUUAAAGUGAUAUUGACACACCGUGUUGGAAUGUAUAUUUCUGCUUUAUUGUUUAUCUCCUGCAUGUUUGACUUCAAAAGGAGAGCCUCAGUUUUGCAAUAUGCAUUUUUUUUACAACCUUGCUUUACUUUUUCUGAACAAGGGUUUUAUAAUGUUAAAUACCUUCUUGUAAAAAAAAAAAAUAAGUCAUAUUAAUGAAACUACAUAUUUUUACUCUUGGGAGAAAGGCAAUAACAGAGCGCACGGCAAGCUCAACUGAGCGUGAUUAUUUGUUCAACGCCCCAAGAGCAGACGAAACAGAUAAAAAUUAAAAUUAAAAAGAUUCAGUUUGAUACAGAAAAUAGUUGUUUUUUUCAGCGAUUCCCCUUCCCCAUGUGUUUACCAGAACUACUAACCAUAUUGGCACAUUAAUGUCAGCAUUUUCCUGUAAGUGCAAUGGUAUCUUGUCAGGUCAGAAUAGGCUGCUUUCAUUUCUUAAGUUUGUAUUUGUAACUUUCACUUCAUGUUUCCAUUAUUGGAUGACAUGUGAAAAGAACCCCAAUGCAAAAUAAAGAUUUAUAAAAAGGGGGAAGCUUAUGUAAAAAAAGAUCCAGUCUUUUGUAGUGUGAAUUUAUACUUCAGGGUAUCUGUGGCUUCGUGAGUCAUGCACACCUUACUUGUAUUUGAAGGGCGCUGCUGAGAGGAAGUUGCUCAGUGUAUGAUGCCACCUGGAAUUAAUUUUAGAAACAAGACGAUAAACUGAUCAAAUUCAAACGUGGGUAGAUAAAAUACACAGCAUGCCAACUUUGCCUGUUUUUACAAGUACAUCAUGGGCUGUCUCAUUGAUCUGCAGGGUACAGUCCUAAACUCCUGGAAGGCGGUGUGGGUGGUGUUGUCAGAAGACGGGUUGGAGUUCUAUAAAAAGAAAACAGACAGUUCUCCGAAAGGAAUGAUCCCACUAAAAACAGCCACACUCACCAGUCCCUGUCAGGAUUUUAACAAGAGGACGGUAAGAGAAUUUCAAGGGUUACUGCAGAAAAAUCUGAAUGAUACUCCAGAAAUUUCUGAACACCGAGACUAACCAUUGAUACUCCCUGUAGCUGGUUUUCAAGAUCACUUCAGAAAAAAAGCAAGACCACUUUUUCCAAGCUUCACAUGUGGAGGAGAGAGAGCUUUGGGUCAAGGACAUCAAGAGAGCCAUAACCUGUCUACAGGGAGGGAAAAAGUUUGCCAGGAGGUCCACGAGACGCUCCAUUCGCCUGCCUGACCAAGUCAACUUGGCGUAAGUUGUGUUAAAUUUAGUCUUGUGGUGAUAAAUAAAGGGUUAGUUUAUUUUAGUAACUAACUGUUUGUAAAGUCCAGCACGUCUCAGUUGACAACCAACUAGUAAAGCUAUAGCUGGCUAGCUUGGAAAGCUAACAUUACCUUUAAGUAAGUUGUGGCGGCAGUAGCUCAGGAGGUAGAGCAGUCAUCCAAUAACUGGAAGGUUGGCGGUUCGACCUCUCUAUCACUAGUCUGUCCGUUGUGUCCUUGGGCAAGACACUUAACCCACCUUGCUCCCAGUGUGUGUCCUUUACUGGUGUAUGAUUGUGAGUGUUGUGUGGGUGCAAAAUGGCAGCCACGUUUCCGUCAGUCUGCCCCAGGGAACCUGUGACUACUAAGGUAGUUUACCACCACAUAAGUGUGACUGUGUGUGUGAAUGAGUGAUGUAUCCAAUGUAAAGCACUUUGAGGGUCUCUGAUAAAGCACUAUAUGAAAUCUGAUGCAUUAUUAUUAUUAUUAUUAUUAAAAAAAAAUCUAUUUAAGUGGUCUAAAAAAAAGUGACAGCUUUAGCUUGGAGGUCUUAUACAGGAAGUUCACAUGAUCACAAUUUGAACUCAAAGACAGUUUCAGACCAGACUGUCAAAACUGGUUUGGGGGAGUUUAUCACUGACAUCCACUCACUGAAAAGAAAAAAUAUCAAAGGAUUUGCAUAACUGAUAUGACUGACAAUGUAUGUUUAAGUGGUGAUUGGUGAAGUGCCAGCUUCCUCAAAUACGAAAAAAGCAGAACAGAGUUUCGUAAGAAAGCCAAGAGUGGCAGGAGACUGGAGGACAAACAGUGUGUCGAUCAGUUCAAGAGCACACAAAGAAGAAUGUAACUCCUCAGAUUUGGUGCAAGUUGCAGAGCCUGUUUAUAGUGAUUGGAAAUAAAGUCUAAAUGACUUGCUUGUCAUUCGUGGCGAUAUGUAUUGAGAGUUUGCAUGAUGUGUUUCUUCCAGUGAGUUGUACACAUUGAUGAGAGACCAGGACGAUGGUGUGAGAGAGCUAAAACUGGAACAGGAGCAUCGCGUCUUUAACCACUGCUUCACCGGUACAGUUAAAGGAGCAGUUUAAUUCAUCGUUUGGCAGUCUAAAAACAUUUGUUCCCCCUCGUUUACCUUCUUUUUUCUUUCUUUUGUCAGGUGCAACAGUGAUAGAGUGGCUGAUCUCAAAGAACAAAGCCAGAAACAGACCAGAGGCCCACAUGUUAGCAGCGGGACUCAUGAACGAGGGUUUUCUCCAGCCGGCGAGUGACCAGUCAAAAGAGGCGGCGGAGAGCGAAGAGCAAACAGCCUUUUUAGACAAGACAGAAGCUCUGUAUUACUUUGUAGGUGUUAAGUAUCUAAGAAGUCACUGUUGCGCUAAGAAUUUGAGAAUUUGAAUCCUGCAUUUUCCCAGCAAGACCAGAGAUGAUAAGAUUUAGACGUGAAAAAUCAACAUUGUGUGAAAAAGAAGCCAAAAACAUCAGUUUCCUUGUUAAUUUAUUCACUCCAGGCAGACAGCGGGUUCUUCUGCGAGGGCUACUCUAGCGAUGAAGAUGUGCUUUUGAAGGAAGAAUUCAGAGGGAACAUCGUGAAACAGGGCUGUUUACUCAAACAGGUAAGUCAGACGGAAAGUAAAAGUGACACGUUUUCUCGCUGCAUGCCUUUUAUCUAACAAGUGCAGGCAACGUGCCCUCUUAUUAAAGUAACUCUCGCACUGACAAGCGUGUAAGUGGAAAUAACAUACAGCUGUGCUGUGGCGGAAAGCGAGAAACACUUUUGUAAAUAGAAUUUGGCAAGUCAUUAGUCAGUUCUGCUAAAAGAAGAAGUGAACUAUACAUCUGCUCAGUUCAAAGGUAAACGUGCUGUUUACUGCGGCUUAUAAGUGUGAUAAAACGCUGCGUUCAACAUCACAGGGUCACAGGAGAAAAAACUGGAAGGUGCGAAAGUUCAUACUGAGAGACGACCCCGCUUAUAUGCACUAUUACGACCCCACAAAGGUAAACAUGUGAUUUGUGCAAGCUGAAACAUAAAUGAGACAAUCUUUUACACACAUGGGUUUUUUUCCGUGUCCUCACCUUGGCCUCUGUUCUUCCUCUCCUCAGGGUGAUGACCCUCUCGGCUCAAUCCACCUCCGUGGGUCUGUCAUCACAGCCGUGGAGUUCGUGCCUGAUGGUAAGACUGUUGUCAUAGUUGACACACUCCCUGUUGCCUUCCUUUUAUUUCUUUAUGCAAUACUCUGUCUUUAAGUGUGUUCAUGCAAUCUCUUUCAACCCCCUGUUAACUUUACUUUUUCCUGGUUUCAGCCAAAAAGUACGACGUCGACGGCAACCUGUUCGAGAUCAUAACCUCAGAGGAGACUCACUACUUCUUCCAAGCUGCUACAGCAGAAGAGAGGAAGGACUGGAUCAAAGCCAUCCAGGCUGUGUCGAAGAGUGGAAAAUAACAAGAGGAGCUGUGGAUUACAACAUUUGAACAUUUGUUAUGGUGAAAUUCUUUAUUUUUCCAAAAUUACAUCCAACAGUGUGUCAGUAAGGAAAACAAAAUGAAAGUACAGCGUUAUUCUGAAGUAUCUGGAUAGUUUUCACUUCUUUUUACACUAUAAAACUACAUUUUACAAGUAUUUGGUACAGUGGGUGAAAAGAGAGAAACUUCUUUUAACAUCCUCUGACUUUUUGUACAUUUUGUAGAUCGUUUCAAAAGAGUGGAAACAUGAUGUAAAAUCUGUGUCACUUAAAGCUCCUAUGAGGUGGUUUAAAAAAUAGACCGAAAUGAAGAGUGUUGCCUCUCUAUGACAUGAAAAAAAUACAAAUAAAGUCACAAAUGACAAGAAUGACA